AUGAAGCCUAAUGUAAUUUUCUUGGCCUGUUGUCUCAGCUGGGUCAGUUGCCAAGUGCCCGACAACUUUUUGAUGGAUAACAUCACUAAUCUAAUUCCUGUGUGCAAUCGAGAGAAUGCUCCGAACCAUCAGAUAUACUGUAAUGGACCCAUCUUGGAGGCUGUAAUGGCGUUUGAAUUAUACCACGAUUCGAAAACAUUUGUCGAUAAACCACUCAAAUACCCGCCACAAGUCGUGUUGGACAAGUACAAGGGGUUAUUUCCGACACAAGAUGACGUCAACAAAUACGAUCUUCAGAAGUUCAUCGAUGAAAAUUUCUACGAAGCAGGAACAGAAAUGCAAAGGUGAGGGAAUAAAUCCUCAGACAAUACAAACAUUAUUUUAGUUGCCAAUUAGACGACUGGAAUGAAAAGCCUUUGAAGUUGAUGUCAAUUGCUGAUCCUAAUCUCAGAUCUUGGGCUUUCGAAUUAAAUCUAAUAUGGAAAAGUUUGUGUCGCGAAGUCGACCCAAUCGUCCGAAACGAAAGCGAACGGUUCUCUUUGCUUUAUGUUCCCAACAGAUUCAUCGUUCCUGGAGGCAGAUUUCGCGAAUUCUACUAUUGGGAUUCUUAUUGGACCAUCAAGGGAUUACUAGCCUCAGGUAAAAAAGUGGAAUGAUCGGGAACCUUGAACAUUAACGCUUCAGGAAUGUACGAUACAGUCAAAAGUAUGCUGCUUAACUUCAUCUAUAUCGUCGAAAAGUACGGAUUCAUUCCAAACGGAGGCAGAGUGUAUUAUCUGACACGAUCACAGCCGCCACUAUUGACAGGAAUGGUCUACGAAUACUAUGAAGCCACUCAUGACAUUAACUUUCUGAUUGAAAAUGUUGGGACUUUAGAAAAGGUAAGCCAAUCCUACGGUAAAAUACGAAAAUAAUUAGGAACUUUACUUCUGGGACACCCACAGGAUGGUGGACAUCGAUAUUGACGGCAGGAAAUACCAAAUGUACCAAUAUCGUGCAGACAGUAACAGUCCCAGGCCGGAAUCGUUCAAGGAAGACGUCGAACUCACAAAGCACUUUACGAAGACUGAAAGGAAACAAAAGACUUGGCAAGAUUUGGCUAGCGCAGCCGAAUCUGGAUGGGAUUUUAGCAGUCGAUGGUUCCGAAAUUCGGUGGACAUGAAGACAAUUGAGACGACCAACAUAGUCCCAGUAGACUUGAACUCUUUUCUUUGUUGGAAUAUGAAUAUCCUCAGCUAUUUCUUCGACGAGAUCAACGAAUUGGAGAAGGCGGAAGAAUUCAGAAACAGACUCGGGAAGUUCAGAUCACAUUUCCAGAAGGUGUUCUAUUUGAAGAACGAGAGCGGAUGGUUUGAUUUCAAUCUUCGAACAGGCGUUCACAAUAUCAAAUUCUAUCCAAGCAUGGCUUCUCCACUUUUCACUCGAUGCUAUCACUCGCUCAAUCAUCGACAAGCCGAGAAAAUCUUUGAUAAAAUGGAGGAAAAAGGAGCCUUUAAAUUCGUCGGAGGAAUCCCAACCAGGCAAGUUGUAAAACCUGAUACUAGUGUAAUUAUUCCAGCUUACAAGAAGAUACAAAUCAACAGUGGGACUUCCCGAACGGAUGGAGUCCGCUCAAUCAUAUCAUAA